UAACGCAACUCUGUGCCUCAGCGGCUGUGCUCUUCCUGCGCAAUAUGCGCAUUGUCUUCUGUCAUCUUGGCACAGCACCCUGGUUAGGGCAGGGAAAGUAUUACUUGUUAUCACCGCAGUCUCAAAAAAGGUGAUUGUAUCAAACAAUGGGGAACAGAGACGAUGAGUAUGAUUUCUUAUUCAAAGUUGUACUUAUCGGAGACUCUGGAGUGGGGAAGAGUAACCUGCUGUCUCGUUUCACAAGAAAUGAGUUCAACCUGGAGAGCAAGAGCACCAUUGGGGUGGAGUUUGCCACUCGCAGCAUCCAGGUGGACGGCAAGACGAUAAAGGCUCAGAUCUGGGACACAGCUGGACAGGAACGCUACAGAGCGAUCACCUCAGCGUAUUACCGGGGUGCUGUUGGAGCUCUUCUGGUUUACGACAUCGCCAAGCACCUGACUUAUGAGAACGUCGAGCGCUGGCUGAAGGAGCUGAGGGACCACGCUGACAACAAUAUCGUCAUCAUGCUGGUGGGAAACAAGAGCGACCUCCGCCACCUCAGGGCAGUGCCCACUGAUGAGGCUCGAGCCUUCGCAGAAAAGAAUACUCUCUCAUUCAUUGAGACAUCAGCAUUGGACUCCACAAAUGUAGAAGAGGCAUUCAAGAACAUUUUAACAGAAAUCUACCGCAUUGUGUCGCAGAAGCAGAUAGCAGACAGAUCUGCACACGAUGAGUCUCCGGGCAACAAUGUAGUGGACAUAAGUGUUCCCCCAACCACUGAUGGGCAGAAGGGCAACAAACUGCAGUGCUGCCAGAGCCUGUGACUCUCCAUUACACUCGUCCUCUACCUAUCCACAUCUACCCUGUCAUCACAUCACCUGUGCACUUUUUUUUUGGUUCCCAUUGCUCAUGGCCAACUCCUUUGUCACUCUUUCCUUCAUUUUGUUUGUUCUGCCUUUCGUUGUGUUUUCCGUAGGACUUUUGAACUCACUUGUGCUCUUCUCUUCUGCCAUGAAAGAAAACUUCAAGAAGCCUUUAUGUCACUUGGUCAGUAGAGUUGUUCAUGGAAUCAAUGUGAAGGUUCCUGCAAUGCAGGAACAAGGCAGUUGUUGCUGUCAUGAUGAAGCCUGUUAUGUUGUUUGAACUGAACUCAAACUCUGUCAUAUAGAGGGAGGUUGUGAAAUACAUUUCAAUGGUUACCACUAGAUGGUGCUGUGUAAAUAAACUACAGGCAGUUACUCCAACCUGAUGAAGCAGUAUUAUGCAUCUGACAGUGUGGCUCUUCUUUCUUCUUACAUCAGAAGUUGACAUGCCAAAAAUAUCCUCAUUCUGUAUUUAUUGAACAAUAUUUGGCUUAAGUUGUCACUGUUUUACUUUAAGAACUGUAUAAAUUUACAAUAAAAUUCUUGACUAAAGUACUCUGUUGAAUUCAGACAUAAAAAUUAUGUUGUCUCUAA